UUUCAGGGUCGACCUCCAGUUGCAGAGGGGUGAUCCGGUUCUCCGUCUUUCUCUCCUUCUACAUGAGGAGGUUUCUGUACCUCCUCCCCUGAACUCCUCUUUCUUUGGAUCCCCGAUGCUUCAACUCGCCUCUUCUCUGUGUUUUUAAUUUUUUCCCCAAAUUUCGGAGCUCUUUCCUCUUGGUGCACCCUCCUCCUCUUCCCUUCUUCCUACAUUCGGAUCUCUGGUUUCUAUCAGCCGAGCAGCUCAGAAUCACCUGCUGGAGAAAAAGCCGUAGAGCAGCGAUGACAGACAAAGCAGGGAUGCCGGCGGGCGGCGGAGACGACGCGGGGAGCAUCAUGGCGCUGCUGGAGCGCGUGGCGGGCCUCAUGGACGGCGUCCAGGCCACGCAGCAGCGCAUGGAGGAGCGUCAGCUGGAGCUGGAGAACACGGUUAAGACCAUCCAGGCGGACGUCAUCAAGCUGACCAGCAACCACGCCACCACCAGCUCCACCGUCGAGCGGCUGCUGGAGAAGACGCGCAAGGUCAGUCGCCACAUCAAGGACGUCAGGGUGCGCGUGGAGAACCAGAACAUCCGGGUGAAGAAGGUGGAGGCCACGCAGGGCGACCUCCUCGCCAAGAACAAGUUCAGGGUGGUCAUCUAUCAG